CAAUGGUAGGCUGCCUGUUCAGGCAGAGCCGCGUGAGCCCUACCCCAGGGGGACGGAGGCGGGUGCGGGGCCCAGCUGCUGUGCAGCGAGCGCGCGGCGGUGCCUGCUACUCGCCUCCCAGCAUGGCCGGGCUGAGCGGCAGCGGCUCCAGCCUGGGGCGGUGCAGCCACGCUGUGGUGCGGGCGCCGCCCGAGUCGCUGUCCCAGCACGCGCUGCGGAUAGAGAAGAGCAAGGAGGUGGACUUCGCGCGGGCCGAGCGGCAGCACCAGCUCUACGUCGGGGUGCUCAAGAACAAGCUGGGCCUGCAGGUGCUGGAGCUGCCCGCCGACGAGAGCUUGCCCGACUGUGUCUUCGUGGAGGACGUGGCCGUGGUGUGCGAGGAGACCGCCCUGAUCACCCGGCCGGGGGCCCCCAGCAGGCGAAAGGAGAAUCAAGGCUUCAUGAGAAAUAUGAAUGCAGUGAUCCAGCAUCUGGUUCAUCAAUUUUAAGCAUCAUCUGCAGCUGUUUCCAAAAGCUCUGUGAGCUGCAAAGCUGCGUGGUUCUGAACUGGGGUUCUCUGGAGAUAUCAGGAUGGAAUUCCACAGCCUUUAUUACAGAAAACCUUGUGUAGAAAGUGAUCAGAGACCACCGCUGUGCUCAAACAAGACAAAGAGUCUGAGGGGAGCCUGUGAUUCAAAUUCUUUCAAGGUAUUUCCUCUGAAAGUGCAAGAAAAGCUCUUGAUGGUACACAUCUGUUCUGGUGCCAGUUAUUUGGCUCUGAUGUCCAGCUUGUCAUGGAAGAACCUGAGCAAGGGAUCAAAACUAUGGGAUUGGGGGGUGGGGAGGCGGAGGAGAAUCCUUGUCAUCUUCUGUCUGAGUUUUUUAAUUUUGUAGCAUGUAAAGAAGAGAGAUGUUGCAGUUUGCAUGCUGGGUCCUUCUUUUCGUUCAGCUCAGAAUUUCAUUACUGUGCCAUGGCCACUGCAUGUGGGAUGGCUGAAGGGUUUCAGAAAAAGAGAAGCAAGGGAAGAUAAAAUUAAUAUUAAAGUGGGAAUAUGCAGUCCAACCUCUGAUACAAAGAGCCUCAUUCCAAACUAACAUACCUUACUGCUGGGAAAAGACUGACUCUCAAGCUCUAUUAACUGCAAAUGGUAGGGAGUCUGAGCUAGUACUGGCCUUCCUGAGCUUACUCAUUCCAUGUGUGGCCUUUCUAUUUUCCCAGCUGGGAUUUAUCUUCCUCAGGGCUCUGUACCUGGGAGGCAUGUUGGCCUAGAUGUGAGGUGCAACCAGAAAAUGCAGAAAGGCUUUUGUGAUUUUUUAUUUUUUUUUUUUGAACUGUAAUCCAUUCACACUCCAUUUUAAGGAGUAAUGGCACUACUUGUAAUUCUGCACCAGGUUUUCAGAUUUUAACCUACUUUUGUCUGCGCAUAGUUUCCUGAAACGCACUCUACAGGAGGUUACUCCACACAACUCAAGCACCUUUGCCAGAUAUGCUUUAAUAUAGUUUUUAAAUAUACUGCUGAUGUUUCUAAAGCUAAGCAAUAUUCCUAUUGAAGUUUUUAAAACCCAUUGAAUUAUAUUGUUAGGAAGAGCUUCCUGAAUAUAGGAUUUUUUUAAAGUAAAACAGUAAUUUUAUCUAUGUUGUAUAAUGUCGUAUCCAGACUUGUAUUUAUACAAGACAGUAUUUUUAGGUAAGUAUUUGGCAUCACAUGCCAAAAGUGGAUUCAUCAUAUCCCUACUGAAUUUCAUGCAAAGAAAUAUUGAUCUGGUAAAAGAUUGACUCGUAGUUAGGCCUCACAAACAGCAGGAAAGAAAAAGAGAAACAAA